ACGCCCCGGUUCGCUGCUUCUUCCCACUCUCACUGUUCACUCAAUUUUAGUCUUUCCUCUCCUUUGAAUAAACCCUAAUUCUAUACAUAUACAUAUAAAUACACAUAUCUCGCUCCAUCUCACUAAAAUAUUAUUUGACCUUCAAUCAGCUUAAUAUUCAAAUUGUGGAAAUUAAAGAAAUUGGAGGUGAUCAGGGUUUGUAUUUAUGUCCGUCAAUCAAACUAGGGCUGACAAGACUCAGUCUGGACAAUAUCGAGCAACAGGCCGAUUUAGUCGCAGCAACUCUGGUGGUGGUGGUGGUCACCGGAAUUACGCCUCGAGAGGCGGUGGGGCAAACCCCCCUUCACGCAGUACAAGCUUUAAGAAGGGGAAUGAUGUGCAAGGAGUGCAAACUCGGGUUACGAAUGGGAGUGUGAAUCUGGAUUCUAGUAAUAAUGCUGCUCUGCCUGCUAAUGCUGCACAUUCUCAAUCACAUGGAGGAGCUGAUGCACAGGCUGCUGUGAAGCCGGCUGAUGUGUCGUCUCAGAAAAGCACCAGAGGUGUGCCAAAAGCUCCAGUAACGAAUGCUCCUGCUGUCAUCUCCAGUACAAUGGCACCUUCAACCCCUGUAAAAGGUGGAGGUUUUCCGUUGCAGUUUGGAUCAAUAAGUCCUGGUUUGAUGCAGGUACCUGCUCGAACUAGCUCAGCACCUCCAAAUCUAGAUGAACAGAAACGAGAACAGGCUCGUUAUGAUUCCUUAAGAGCGGCACCUGUUCUGCCAAUCCAAUCCAUUCCUAAGCAACAAGUUUCUACACGUAAGUAUGUCACAGCUGACCAAUCUAGUGCUGUUGAUGGGCAUUCGGUGUCCAAAGCAAGAAGAGAUGUGCAAGUUACUGCUGGUCCACAUACCAUUCAAACUCAAAAGCCUACCUUACACCCUGUUACUGGGAUGCCUAUGCAAAUGCCAUUUCACCAGUCACAAAUUCCAGCUCAAUUUGGUGGUCUUAAUCCACAACUGCAGUCACAAAGCAUGGUGAAUAGUUCUAUUCCGGUUCCCAUGCCCAUACCCAUGACAAUGCCCUUCCCUAUGGGAAAUCAAGGAGUGCCACAACAAGUUUAUUUUCAAGGAGUGCCACCUCAUAUGCUGCCACCUCAUAGUGUCAUGCAUCAGGUCCAGGGUACCAAAUUAACAUCACAAAUGGGUACCCAGUUGCCUCAUUUGGGCAAUAUCGGGAUGAACAUCAAUCCUCAGUUUUCUCAACAGCCAGGAGAUUUCGGCAAUGCACGGAAAACUGUCAAGAUAACUCAUCCAGAUACUCAUGAAGAGUUGAGUUUAGUUAAAAAGGCUGAUACUUCCAUAGAAGCUGGAUCUUCGGCUGCGCGAUCACAACCCAGUAUACCCCCUCCAUCCCAACCUAUUCCAACUUUUCCACCUGCUCAUCCAGUAAACUCCAACCCUAAUUCUUACAUUCAGGGUUCCAUCAUUUUAAAAGGUCCUAGUUCUCUUCUUUCAUCCAGUAACCAAAUUGCUCCAAGUUUGCAGGUGCCAAAGUUACAUAAUCAGGUCCCGGUGAUGCCAGUGGCUGACCAAUGUGGUGAGAAGAAUGCAGAAUCUUUAUUGCCAAUAAGCUUGUCAACUGUUGAGAAGACUAUUCCUAUUAUUUCUAGCCGAGAAGGAGAAGCUACCUUAGUUCCCAGUCAAAUAGAUGCUGAAAAUAUAACUGGAAGGUUGUUACAGCAGUCAAAGUCUACAUUGAUACCUGUUCAAAGUAGGCCAACUAUUGGAGUAUCUGAUUCAGUUUCUGCAGUUGAACCUAAAACCGACUUUCUCUCCUCUACUUCUCCUGAAAUCACCGAGCAUCUCCCAUCAAUGGCCUCCAGUACUACUCUAGGCACAAAGACGGAUGCUUCCAAAUCCGAUGAUAAUAAUAAAAAGCCCGGUAAAAAGAUUCAUUCCUUACUACAGAAUCAGUCUACAUCUGGUUUGCCUUCGUCACUCAAAAAUGAGGAAAUCAUAAAAUCUUCUCCUUCACCAGAAGCUGGGCCAGCACAGGAUGAUAUCAGGGAAUCAGAAGGGACUGCUGUUGACUUGAGAACAGAUAGUACCGAGGUACAGGGAAAUUUUGAUAUGGCAAAAAUUGAUGGUGAUGAUUCUGUUAAGAUAUCUGCUGAACUUGCAAUGCUUAAUAAAGCACAGUUUGAUGACUCUGAAGAAAAUGCUUCUGGAUAUGUGAGAAGCCCAAAAUCUAUUUUACCAAGAGUGUCUGGAAAUGGAGAUAAAACUGAUAGUCCUGUUGUGGAUGUAAAAGAUGAACAGCAGGAGUUGAAGGUACCUGAAUCCGUCAGGGAAGGUGGAGCAGAUAAUGUAUUAGCUUCUACUUCUGGGGCAGUGAACUUCUUGAUUACAAAAACUUCUUUGCUGUCUCUUGGAGCCAGAAUCACGCAUGAUGCUGAUAAGAAUUUGGCUCCAGAUGCCUCUACAAACAACAAUGAUGCUGUUGGUAGAACAGAAGCUUUAAGUACAGUCUCCGGUAUGUUGGGUCAGAACUUCCCUAUUCUUUCAGUUUCGUCCCAAUCUGAAAUGCCUUGUGCAACUGAAGUUGCUAACAUUGACUCUGACAGCACUGGGUUACUUUGUCCAUCAACUGAUUCCAGAGAUAAGCCUAUGCUGCAGACAAAUGUAUCUAAGAAUACACUUGCUAGAGGGAAAAAAAAGAGAAAAGAAGCUCUACAAAAGGCUGACCGUGCUGGUACAACUACUGAUCUCUAUAUGGCAUAUAAGGGUUCAGAUGAAAAGAAAGAGACUCUUACAAAUGUUGAGAGCUCAGUUACAACUUCCAGCCAUGCUAGAGAAGAGAUAUCUUCUGGUACUUCUCAUAAAGAGAUACCAAACGAGAGUAAAGCUGAACCUGAUGAUUGGGAGGAUGCUGCAGAUUUAUCGACGCCAAAACUGGAAAGUUUAGAGGAUCAGAACCAACUUGGAGAAGUAAAACAUCACAUUGAGGAUGAAAGUUCGAUGACCAGAAAGUACUCCAGAGAUUUCCUUCUCAAAUUCUCGGAACAGUAUAAAGAUCUUCCUGAUGGUUUUGAGAUCACUUCAGAUAUUACAGAAUUACUGACAGUGUCUAUGGGAAAUGUUCCUCGUGAAAAGUUGCAGAUUCCAGGGAGAAAUGUUGAUAGGUCAAUGGAGAGAUCUCGAUCAGGUCGCCGUGGUAGUGGCAUGAAUUUUGAUGAAAAACGGAGCAAGGUACCUGGACCUUUUCCCUCUGGGUUGGAUAUGGGCUAUGGAAAUCAUGGAAAUAAUGUUGUCUUCCAACCUGGAGGGAAUCUUGGUGUGUUAAAAAAUUCACGUGCUCAAGUACCAGUUAUGUAUUCUGGGGUCCUAUCUGGGCCAGUGCAGUAUAUGAAUCAACAGUUUGGCAUGCAGCGAACUAACUCUGAUGCUGAGAGAUGGCAACGGACAAAUAGUUUUCAGAGGGGUCUUAUACCUUCCCCUCGGACUCCUUCACAGAUGAUGCAUAAAGCUGAGCGGAAGUAUGAGGUGGGUAAAGUAACUGAUGAGGAACAGGCAAAGCAAAGGCAAUUGAAAGGUAUUUUAAAUAAGUUAACUCCUCAAAAUUUUGAAAGACUAUUUGAGCAAGUCAAACAAGUAAAUAUUGACAAUGCCGGUACUCUCACUGGCGUGAUAUCUCAAAUAUUUGAUAAAGCACUUAUGGAACCUACAUUUUGUGAAAUGUAUGCCAAUUUUUGCUAUUAUCUUGCUGGCGAGUUGCCUGAUUUUAUUGAAGACAAUGAAAAAGUUACUUUUAAGAGGUUACUCUUAAACAAGUGCCAGGAGGAGUUCGAGAGAGGUGAGAGGGAACAGGAAGAAGCUAACAGAGCUGAUGAAGAAGGUGAGACUAAGCAGUCUGACGAAGAAAGGGAAGAGAAGAGAAUCCAGGCACGAAGGCGAAUGUUGGGGAAUAUUAGACUGAUUGGGGAAUUGUACAAGAAAAAGAUGUUAACAGAAAGAAUUAUGCACGAAUGCAUAAAGAAACUGUUGGGUCAGUAUCAAAAUCCUGAUGAGGAAGAUAUAGAAGCCUUGUGCAAGCUAAUGAGCACAAUUGGAGAAAUGAUAGAUCAUCCCAAAGCCAAGGAGCACAUAGAUGCAUAUUUUGACAUGAUGGCCAAGCUAUCUAAUAACAUGAAGCUUUCUUCUAGAGUGAGGUUCAUGCUGAAGGAUUCAAUUGACCUGAGGAAGAACAGGUGGCAACAGAGGAGGAAGGUUGAAGGUCCGAAAAAGAUUGAGGAAGUGCACAGGGAUGCUGCUAAUGAAAGGCAGGCUCAAGCUAACAGAUUGGCCCGCACAUCGAGUAUGAAUUCAUCUUCUAGAAGGGUUCAACAACCUACGGACUUUGCUCCAAGAGGGUCAAAUGGAUUAUUGUCUCCAAAUGCACAAUUCGGUGGUUUUCGUGGAGUACCACAAACACCACGCGGAUAUGCUACUCAGGAUAUCAGGACAGAUGAGAGGCAUCUUUUUGAUAGCAGAAUCGUCUCAGUUCCAUUGUUUCAGAGGCCCCCUGGUAAUGAGUCUAUUACCCUUGGGCCGCAAGGUGGUCUUGCCAGGGGAAUGUCUAUUAGAGGACAACCGUCUAUGUCAAAGAUACCCUUCUCUGAUAUGCACAGUUCAGAUUUCAGGGGAACUACAACCAGCAAUGGCUACGGUUCUUUGACAGACCGACCAGCCCACGGUUCAAGAGAAGAACUUUUUUCAAGAGUCUCUCCUGAUAAGCUUGUCAGUCCAGCUACUUCUGGCCAUAUGAAUUUAAAGGAUGGAAAUCUGACUUACAGGAACAGGGAAGUACAGCAUCCAGAUCAGGUUUUAAACAGAUCUCGACCAAGUACACCUCAAACCAGAAGUACGGAGUCGAGUUCUGUAGGAAACAUUCCUCCAGAGAAGGUGUUGCCUAAAGAACAACUGCGGAAAAUGUCAAUGGAAACUAUAAAAGAAUUCUACAGCGCUAAAGACGAAAAGGAAGUUGCCCUGUGUGUCAAAGAUCUAAAUGCUCCUAGCUUUUAUCCGUCAAUGAUAUACCUCUGGAUAUCUGAUUCCUUUGAGAGGAAGGACAUGGAAAGGGAUCUACUAGCAAAGCUUCUUAUCAACCUUGCAAAACCGCAGGAUGCCUUGUUAAGUCAACCUCAACUCGUGGAAGGGUUUGAAUCAGUUCUAGCUAGUUUGGAGGAUGCUGUAACUGAUGCCCCUAAAGCACCAGAAUUUCUUGGUGGAAUCUUUGCAAAAGUUGUACUAGAAAAUGUGCUUCCAUUGGCAGAAAUCGGAAGGUUGAUUUAUGAAGGUGGGGAGGAACAAGGACAGCUUGUAGACAGCGGACUUGCAGCUAAAGUUAUUGGAAGGGUCCUGGAGAUUAUUAAAAUAGAAAAAGGAGAUGCUGUUUUGAAACAGAUUUGCACUGGUUCUAGUUUAAGUCUAGAAAACUUCCGGCCUCCAAACUCUAAAAGACCAUCGAGCUUAGAUCAAUUUAUCUAGAGUCUACUACUGUAGCCAUGUCAGUUAUCAGCACAGGAGAGAUUAUGUCCCGCUCUAUCCACCUGGUUUUGCAGAUAUAAUGAUCUCGUCCAUUUUUUUAGUAGGACAUGAGAACCCCCAUCAUCUAUAAUAUUUUUUGAAAUACAUAGGCAGCCAAUUUUUUUUUGUUAGACAUGGUAAACUAUUAGUUGGGGGGAGAACCCCCAUCAUCUAUAAUAUUUUUGAAAUACAUAGGCAGCCAAAUUUUUUUGUUAGA